CAGAAUAAUGCGGAUCCAAAAAUUAAUAAAGCGUUACAAUACUAUGCAUCUCAUACAGCUCAAAUAGAGAUUGUGAGACACGAUAGAACACUCGAACAAAUUGUCUUUCCGAUUCCGGAGAUCUGCGAACUUAUAACUGUCGAUACAAAAAUAAGAGUACUGAACACUACGGAACGAGAUGAUCAAGGGUCGAAAGUUUUCCGAUUUCUUCGAAAGGACAGAAGACAUGUUAAUGAGAUGAAAUGGCAAAAAAAGCUUAGAGGGCAAUCAAUGUUGUUUUGGAUGAGCAGUUAUAUGUCAUUAUGGAGUAACAUUUUAUUCAAUUGUGCCGUUCUUAUAAAUCUGAUCGUAGCCUUUUUCUAUCCGUUUGUGGAUUCUGUGCCUAAACUCAGUUAUCAUUUAUCAGCUUUAAUUUGGACAGUUAUGCUUGCAUCUGCUGCUAUCGUUAUUACUUUACCAAGGAAUCCGUAUACGUACGUUAGUUGCAUCAACGAUAUUGCGAUUGAUUUUCUCUGUAGGUCCAGAACCAACGUUAUGGUUGCUCGGUUUUUGUUACGAUUACAUUAA